AUGUAUCUAAGCUGGGCCUCGUUCAACAACUUACGGAUGCUUCUAAUGGCUUUUAUGCCUGUUGUAAUAUUCUAUCUAAUUUGGCUAGUGAAUACUUCGGAAGAGAUAAGAAGCGAGGAGGGGACCCUAUUGGACCUUGUCUGCUGGCCAGACGGCAACGCAAUCCCUGUUAUGAUCGCGUGCGGGUCAAUCAUUGCUGUUGUAAUCGAGUUGUAUGGUUUGUACCAGUUGUUCCGAGCUGGCUUAGCGAAGAAAGAAUACGAUGUUACCAACGGUCUUUAUUAUUACAUGUGGGCACUGAUUAUCAUGAUAAUAAUAUUUUUUGCCAUCAUGUUUUAUUCAGGACUACAGUCAACCAUCAUACGAGCUAAAAUAAAAGGCGGGAUCACGAAAGCCAUGCUCCGCUACUCCAGCCAUCUGCCAUCGAAGGUGGCUAUAGACCGCUUGCAGACCAGGUUCCAUUGCUGCGGCCGCGUCAGCUACCAGGAGUGGUUCUACAUACCGUGGUAUACCACAGGAGAAUCUGUCAAAUCGGAUUCAUUGAAGAAUCGCAAAUUCGUCGCCGAUAAUGUCCCUUACAGUUGCUGCUCCAAGGAAGUAAUGACCCCAUGUAUUCAUCACGGCGUUACCAAAAUUAAUGCCAUUUACAAGUAUAAUCCCUCCAAUCAGUUGACAAUUUGGAAGGAUGGUUGUGAAGAGAAACUGAUUAGCGAAAUGAUGACAGUUUCGUGGCGGUUCAAUGCUGUCAUGUCUUUGAUCAUCAUAGCUAUGAUAAUUCAAGUGACAGCCGUUCGAUAUCUCCACACGGCAUACCGCAGCGGUCUACACGAGGGUAACCGUAUAGUUUGCAAUGCUUAUUUGUUCCGUUCACUGACCAACACAGUCUCUCCCCCUCCACGUAGAAGAAUCUUCAGAAGGAGAAGAUUGCGCGAAGCUCGCACUCUACACUGGGUCACAGCGACGUAUAGACCGCGGAGGGGAGGCACCUCCUCGCCGUCUGAUAUGAAUAGCUCGGAUGAAUUGCAACCUAUUUAUGAAUAA